GUUACCUGCUGUUACCUGGCCGCCGCCUGUGACGUCACCCCUGGAGGGCGGGGCCUGAGUCCUACCUGUCGGCUGAGGGGAAGCUCGUGCUUGUGACAAAGAGGCUCCGCUUUAUUCACACACAGAUGUGCACCGGACUCGGGAUGAUGUUACAGAGGGGUCACGGACGGUCCGAUAUGCGCUGACAGGACGCCGGGACACGUGGACACGUGGACGUGACACGUCCAGAGACGGCGUGACAACAGACACGACCUGAAAGAGAGCAGGAGGAACAAUGAUGACAUUUUUUCCGUUGAGGAAAAUCAAGCGAAACGGAAAAUACGUGUUGUUCGUGGCGGUGCUGGUUUUCGUGGGGUUCGCGGGGUACCUGGAAUACGUGGCCACGAACACGUGGGAUACCGUCGAUGGCAUUCAGCAGAAGGAGCAAAAAGCCUGCGCAAUAAAUGUGUUGUCACAGAACCAAGACCAUGAUUCUUUCAAGAACAUCGUCUGGUCUUCUAAAUACAUCCCUCAGCCCUGGAGGCAGGAGUAUAAAGGACAGGCGAAUCUUCAUGUCUUUGAGGACUGGUGUGGAUCCUCCGUCGCAAGCCUCAGAAAGAACCCCCACUUUCCCCAGUACCCUCAUUCUCGUAACACAGUGAAGAAACUCGCCGUGUCUCCGAGCUGGAAGAAUUACGGCCUCAGGAUCUUUGGCUACAUCCACCCGUACACCAGCGGUGAGUUUCUUUUCGCAGUGGCGUCUGCCGUUAACUGUGAGUUCUGGCUGAGUGACGAUGAGAACCCGGGGAACCUGCGGCUCCGUGCUUAUGUUGGAAAGACUGGUGAGGAGUGGACCGCUCCGGGGGAGUACAGCAAAUACACCAGCCAAAUGUCCAGACCUGUGCGACUUCAGCAACACAAAAGGUUUUACUUCGAGCUGAUUCACAAACACAAUGAUCAGGGCACCGAUCACGUGGAAGUCGCUUGGCGACUAAAUGAGGCUGGAAGGAGGUUUGAAAUUAUCGACUCCAGAUCACUGUCUCUUUAUUCUGACGAGUCCUUCCUGAAGAUCAGUGAUGUCAGUCACAUCCCUCAGACGUCUGCGAGUCACGUCGCCCUGCAGCUGGAAAAAACACAAAAUCGACUCGACAGAGUACAAAUGCUGAGAGAAGAUCCUCGAGACACCUUUUUUAAAACACCCUUGUUGGACAAGUCCCAAUUAUGGGGUGUGUUACCAGAAUGUUUCUAUAGACCCACUUACACGGUUAAAGACAAGAUGAUUGGCCGCUAUGAGGGUCUGCAUUUUGUCUACCUGACUUACGUUUACCCCAAUGACUACACACGGCUCACGCACAUGGAGAACAGCAACACAUGUUUCUACAACAUGAAGCCGUACUAUUUAAAAAUGUACGGCUUCUCCUGGUACAUGAGACUGGACCAACAGGAGGAACAGGACACGAUGUUCAGAGACAACGAUGAUUACAGGGCAGGAUGGAAGGACAGAGCGAUGAGGCGAGGUGAUGAGGAUGAGGAGAUUCAGCAUGAGGAGGAAUUUGACUACGGUGAUGACUACAUUCAGCAACAACAAAGAAAACUGUUCUCUAACUCACUGACCACGAAGAGCUUGAGAAAGAGAAGGAGGCAAAACAAACAGGAUAUGAACAGAAUAGAGAGAGUAAAGAACGAGAAACUGCCACCGGAUAAUUAUUCAGUACCAGAGAAAGUGAAAAACAAGCAACUGCAAAACCACAACAGUUCGGUGGAUGAACAGCAACUGCAAAAAGGAAACAAAAUAGUGGGAGAAAACAAACUUGUUCUGCAAAGACAACAGAAUAUAACGGAUGGAAAGCAGCAGAAACGCCAAAAAGGAAAGAAAACCAAAAAGGUGGUAAAGAACCAACAUAGACCGCAGAGACAAAACAAUAUGGCGGAAGAAAAGAAAGCCGAGUCACAAAACCAAAACAAAUUGGUGGAAGAAGGUAGAAAUAAACUGCAAAAAGAAAACAAAACGGUGAUUAAGGACCAACCUUUGGGAUGGAAGGAUGAAGUUCCUGGUCAGAAAGAAGAUAAAGGAUUUAUUGGUCAGGUGAACCAUAAGGAUCGAGGACAUAAAGCUCCAAUCCAGGAUCAGAGGCCAGGAGCGAGACCGCGUGUUGUUAACAGAUCAAAAAAUGACACAGAGAUUUUUCUUCCCAUGUCAAAUCUCACAAACCCUCAGCCCCAUGAAGGUGAUCCCAGGAUUCAGAAAGGUCCUCGUGGUAUCGUUAACCACACCGACGUCCAGGAGAGGUACGGCGAUGCUCUGUCCUCACACACGGGUCUCACUAAAGAGGAGGCAGACCUGUGGGCGCUGUAUGGAGACUCAGGGAUGAAGGCCAGGAGCAGGAGCAGGGCUGUGUAUGACCCUGAGAUCAGAUGGAAUCAGACCUUUGAUGUCAGUCAGACAGACUUUCAGAUGCUGAGGUCCGAUUGGAUCGACCUGAACUGCAACGUGAGCGGAAACCUGAUGAUCGGCCAAUCGGAAGUGACGGCCGUGGUGCAGGCCUUUAUGGAGAAGCUGGAGCUGAAGUAUCCGAGGAGGUUCUCUCUGCAGCAUAUAGUAAAUGUGGAGAAGAGGGUGGAUGAGGGUCGGGGUAGUCGUUAUCUUCUGGAGUUGGAGCUGAUGGAGUCCUCAAGAGGUCGAGUUCGUCUGGUUCACUACGUCUAUGUGCUGAAGAGGAGAAACGUCCAGAGGCCGAGUUUUAACACAGACCUUCUGCUGUGUAACCCACACAACUUCCUGUGGAACCCUGAUGCUACUAUACACAUCAUAGUACCAGUAAAAAACCAGGCUCGUUGGGUUCAAAGGUUCAUUGUGGAUAUGGAGGAGCUUCACCAGGUCACAGGAGACAAAAACAUCAACAUCAUCAUCACCGAUUAUUCCAGCACUGAUAUGGACAUAGAAGAGGCUCUGAGGAACUCUCACCUCCCCAUGUAUCAGUAUGUAAGACUAACAGGAAGCUUUGAGAGAUCAGCUGGUCUUCAGGCUGGAAUCAAUCUAAUCACAGACAAACACAGCAUCGUGUUUCUGUGUGAUCUUCAUCUCCACUUCCCGCUCAGUUUCUUCGACUCGGUCAGGAAACACUGUGUUGAAGGUCACAUGGCAUUUGCUCCCUUAGUGAUGAGGCUUAACUGUGGAGCAACACCUGGGGAACCUGAGGGUUACUGGGAGGUGAACGGUUUUGGAUUGCUGGGUAUUUAUAAAUCUGACAUGGACGCUGUAGGAGGCAUGAACACCAGAGAAUUCAAAAACCGCUGGGGGGGAGAGGACUGGGAACUGCUGGACAGGAUCGUGGAGGCGGGUUUGGAGGUGGAGCGUCUGCACUUGAGGAAUUUCUUCCACUACCAUCACUCCAGACGCGGCAUGUGGAACCACAAACCGCUGCGCAGCGCGUAGAUCUGGCAACCCUGUGUCCUCAAAAGACACUCGCUGUGACACUUUACCCCCUUCACCCUCAGGCUUCAUCUGUUCUGAUGAAAUCGAGAUGCUGCUUUGUGGGAGGAGCCACGGGACAGUGCUGAGUGUUUGUUUGGCUUUUAUCGCUCAGAUGACAUCAUCGGGUUCCUUUUAACGUUAGCCGUAAACGAAUGACGUCACACACUGACUUUCUAAAACAGAGUUAAAGCUGUGAUUAUUUUUUAUCAGUAUCUUAUAUUUUCUGCUGUGAACCUCAGCAGUUUUACAGGUGGGGGCGGAGUCAGUCUCAAACAGGCAUCAAACAGACGUCCCUUUAAGUCCCGAGGACAAGUUCAGGUUCACUUUAUUUAUAAAGCACAAUAAAAUGCUGUCUAAUAAAAAAAGUGUUAGUAAAAAAUACACAGGGAAAAAAAAGAUACAGGAGAUAAUAAUAAAAAGCAAAAUAGAAUUAAACAAUACGAUAAUACACACAUAAUACACACUAAACACUCAAACAAGCAAUGAUAGAACAAUUAGAAAACAAUGAGAAGAAAAGGAAAACUAUAGAUAUGCCGAGGAAAAGAGCCGACAUCGGAGGACAUCGGAGGGGACGCGUCCUAAUCAAUCAUGUCUCAUCUGGAGGAGGGAAUCAGAAUAAUUUUCUGGAUGAACUGAUGAACGUAGUAAAGGUUGUAGCAGAUGAGAGCUCCGUCAUCUUAUCGUGAUGUUCUUUUGUUCUGCUCGAGUCAAAUCUCCAGUCAGUCUGAAUGUGGAGCUCACAGGAACCUCCUCAUGUAAAGAUCUGACCAGCUUUCAGCGACUCCAUCACAGCUCUUAAGGUUGUGUAACAUCAGCGCAGAUCAUCAGCAGGGCGGUUAGGAGGAGGUCUUGAUCAAGAAGCUCGAUGGUUUCAGGUCUCAGUUUGUGGAUUGUUGUAAGUUCAGAAUUAAGUUCUACUGAAUUAUGAGUCAAGAACGCAGCAGGAACGUUCCGGUAUCGGACGAAUCGAUCGGUGGAAAUCUUUACCCAGGAUGCAAUGUGUUUAGGUUUAAAUUUAAAUGCAUUUUAUAUAUUAAUGUGAUGUAACCGAUGUCUGUGUGUGAAACGAUUUUCGGGGGGUUUGGAUUUCAAUCUUGUAUAAAAGUUUUGUCUAGAUAUUUUGAUAUACGUUUUGAAUUCAGUUUAUAUAUUUAUAUAUUUUAAUACAUUUCCAUGUGGAAAUUUUCAUUUUAUCAUUUGUACAUCUGGAUAUUUUGAAAUAAAAUGUCGAGUUAAUUUUAUAACUUUAAACACAAACUCAAAUUGUUCAAUUUAAUCGAAUUCAACUUAAAGUCUUUAAAGAAAUUAAGAAUAUCUUCGGCGGCUUUCGGGGAUUUCGCUGCUCUUGUUUUUUUUUUUUGUAAAUGUUUGUAUUUAUGUAUUUAUAUAAUUACUGUACUGUUUGUUCGACGUUUAUUUAGUUAAAUCAGAGCAACACCAGAUAAAAUCGACAUAAAUUCCUGUCUGAUUUUUGAUUCAUUUUGUGUUUUAUUUUUAUUUCUGGAAAUAAACAUCACUUUAUUUUAGAUAAUGAUGGAAAAACAAGACAUUUUGGAAACUAGAAGCAUUUAGAAAUAUUUUUAAAAAAAAACAAAAAAAAAUUAUAUCACAUUCAGAACUAUGAUUGAAGUUUUAUUGUUUAAGUUGUAAUAAAACUUUAGCUGGUCA